UUAUCUCGAUCUCACAGCGCUCGGUCGAGCCAAUGGCACUACUGUGAACACGGUGUGGUUGAUAAUCCGAUCGUUUGAGCUAUUCCAUCCCCAGCAACUCCGAUCGUCGUUAAAUCGAUAUUUUUGCGUGCGAAUAUCGUUCCAUCGCCCCAGUCCGGUACGCGUUUUGUCGCGCCGUCCGUAUCGCUAUGACGUCCUCGAUGAACCGUCUGGUCCCGCUGCUGACAUUGGCCGCCAUCACUUUGGCCGGAGUCCAGGGCCAUAAUAUGUUUGUCCUCAACUCUCCGGAAUCAGUCGAAAUCAGUCAGACCGUACCUUUACGUGCCACCGAGUUGGCUGAUAUCACCUCGUUGGUGUUAGGUUUUACUGUACCACAAGGAGUGGAGGCAUGGAAAAAAUUACUGAUUAAUACUCCAUUUUCAUUGCCUGAAGCUGUAGUUGUUCUUGAAAUUCCUGGAUUGAAGAAUCCAAGUUUUGGAUUGAACAAAAUUAAUCAUCAUAAUUUAAUUUUGGAUGAAUCAUUAGAAGAUGUAUAUGCCAUUGUAAAACAAAGAAUAUUGCUCAGAUUUAAUGAUAAAGAAUCUAGCUUUAUUCAUGGAUCUCUAAGCAAUGAAGAAUUUCUUAAGGAUCAAGUAUUUCAUCCAGAAUUAAGUUCCAGUAUUUUACCUGAAAAUAUGGAAUUGUACAGUGAAAAGAAUAAAAUAUUUUUUAAUGAAAUUUACCAAUUAAAUCAACUGGCCAAUGGCAUCAAAGAAUCAAAAUUAAAAAACAAUGUUCCUGAUUAUCAUUGGUUUCAAUUGCAAGGCAUAAAAUCAUUGAAUGCUGCCAAUGAACCAAAUUCAAAAGAAAUAAUAAAUGGUGAAAAAGCUUUGAAUCAAGCUAUUUCAAUGUUGAUCCAAUCUUACAAGGAACAAUAUAAAAACGAGGUGUUCAUCAUUGCUAUAACAAAUGAUGCAAAACAAUCGCAUAGAAAUAAACGUCAAGUUAACAGUGUAGAACAGAACCUUAAUGUUGCUGAACCAUUAUCAAGUGAUUAUCCAGUUAUAUUCAAUCUUCUAUUGUGGUUUACUGUAAUAUUCGUCUUUUCACUUUUAGCCAUAUCAUUGAGUAUUGCUCAAAUGGACCCGGGUCGUGACUCCAUCAUCUACCGUAUGACUAGCAAUCGUAUGAAGAAAGAAAACUAAAUGUUCACUGUUCAAUAAGUAAGACUUGAUGGACUAAUCAAACUCAAAGACAGUUUUGAAUGCAUAAAAGAAAAAAAAACAAAAAGUAAAAUUAAAUUUGCAUUAGAUUCCAUUCCAAUUUGUACAUAAUGUGUUCAUGUUGGGCACAAAUAUUGUUGAUUUAUAACUAUUAUUAUACGAUAUGGUUUUUGUUUUAUACAUAA